UGUUCUCCUGUCGUCAGAAAUGCACAGGAUUGGUCAAACACUGAUCAGCUGGUCCCUUUCCCCGCGGUCUCAGAUUGGCACCUCGCCACCCCCCUUCGGCUAAAACCAAAUCCCAGAUAAAGUAAUGGCAAACACCACUUGGACUAUAAAACACAACAAAUCAUAACUCCAGGACAAUAACACUGGCCACCCCAUGAGUUCCUAUUUCGUCAACUCAACUUUUCCCGUGUCUCUACCCGGGGGACAGGAGUCUUUCCUGGGUCAGAUACCGCUAUAUUCUUCUGGAUAUACAGACCCUUUAAGACACUAUCCAAGCGCCACGUUCGGAGCGACCAAUGUCCAGGACAAGGUUUACACUUCGUCGUACUACCAGCAAGCUGGGGGCGUUUUUGGGAGAAGCGGAUCCACCAGUGCUUGUGACUAUACAACAUCCAACAUUUACCGAAGCACGGACCGUUCGUGCGCUCUCGGAGGUUUGGAAGACUCGCUGGUCCUAACCCAGGACCAGUGCAAGACGGACUGCACUGAACAGGGCACAGACAGAUAUUUUAACAGUGAAGAGAAACCGUGUACUCCGGUUUAUCCGUGGAUGCAGAGGAUGAACUCGUGUAACGGAAUGCCUGGCAGCACUGGACGCAGGGGUCGUCAAACCUACACUCGGUUUCAGACUCUUGAACUGGAAAAGGAGUUCCACUUUAACAGAUAUUUGACCAGAAGGCGAAGAAUUGAGAUCUCGCACGCUCUAUGUUUGACGGAGCGACAAAUAAAAAUAUGGUUCCAGAACCGUCGAAUGAAAUGGAAAAAAGAGAACAAAGUGAUAAACUCCACAAAAGCCGAAGAGGAGGAGGAUGAAAAAGCUGGAUGACGUGUUAAAAGUAGUUUAUAAGGAAUCUCUAAAACACUGUACAUAAGUAUUCUGUAGUUGUAACUUGUAAUUAAUA